CCCGCCCCCUCCCUACGGAAGGCGACAGCCCGGAUGAUGGCUAGUGAGACAAAGGAAGACGUGCUGCACGAGGACGUGGCAAGGGCGCGCAGCUACUACGACAGCGAUGACGCAGAGGCGUUUUACUCGACUGUGUGGGGAGGCGAGAACAUCCACAUCGGCCUGUACCAGGACGAGGCAGAGAGCAUUGCAGACGCGAGCCACCGCUCUGUGGAGACCCUUGCCAAGAAGCUGGCGCCCUUGCACAAAGCAAGCCAUGUCCUGGACAUGGGGUCUGGCUACGGCGGCACAGCGCGAUACCUGGCCCGCACGUUCGGCUGCCGCGUCACCGGGCUCAACCUGAGCGAGGUGGAGAACCAGCGCGCGCGCAGCCUCAACGAGAAGCACGGCCUGCACGACAGGGUGCAGAUUGUGCAGGGCAUGUUCGAGGCCGUGGAGCUCCCAGAUGCGCAUUUCGAUGCCGUGUGCUCACAGGACUCGUUCCUGCACAGCAGCGACCGCGCACAGGUGGUGGCGGAGGCGGCGCGCCUGCUCAAGCCUGGCGGCGUGUUCGUGUUCACGGACAUCAUGCAGGCGGACGACUGCGACCCAAAACGCCUGCAGCCCAUCUUCGAGCGCAUCGACCUCUCCUCCCUCGGCUCGCCCGAGUUCUACCGCAACGCCGCAGAGCUGCACGGCCUGGAGGAAGUGGCGUUUGAGGACAACACGCACCACCUCAUCACGCACUACUCGCGCGUCCUCAGCGAGACGGUCGCCAAGGAGGACGUGCUCCGUCAACGCAUCAGCAACGCCUACCUCGACCGCAUGAAGCGCGGCCUGGACCUCUGGGUCAACGCGGGUCGUGAUCGCCAGCUCGUCUGGCCGCUCUUCACCUUCCGCAAGCCAGCAGAACAGGCCAACUGA